UUCGGUGCAUUGUGGACCGAACCCCUGAUCAAUAAGCGGGUCGGGUGUUUUCCCACCAAGCGCGUUGCGAGAACACUGUCCUAGGAUAUAAGCUGAGCGGCUAGUAACUUUCCCCCGGGUGAAUGAGCACAUGGCUCGCGUUUGGUUGCCAAUAUUGUUUAAUUGAUUGAUCUGGCUGGUCGAGCUUGACACCCUCAAGCUAACACCUUGACACGUGAAUAGUUACCUUCCAUUUUACCCUAGGCACUCGCAGCAUCGCUUAGCUACCCUUGCUUUACCCCAACUUCCGGAGGCUGACUAGGCGUCAAAUUUAUCUAUCACCACCUGACUUCGUAUUUAUAUCAUAUAAGCCAAUCUUCAAGAUGCCUGCCGAAGUCCACGGCAUCAAGUCCAGCGACAUCCACGCCAAGAUCCAGCUCCUGAUCAAUGGCCUCGUCAACAUCAAAGACCAGACGGGCGAGUUCCUCAUGACUCUGGAAGAUGGCCGGGUCAUCGAUACCAAGGGCUGGAACGACUGGGAAUGGACGCACGGCAUCGGCCUCAACGGCAUCUGGGCAUACUACAGCCUAACAGGCGACGCAAAAUACCUGCAAAUCAUCGAGGAUUGGUUCGCAAACCGGUUCGCCGCGGGGGCACCACCAAAAACAUCAACACCAUGGCCGUGCAACCAGACAUACCUCCCCUGGCUCGACAGCUGGGCCGAGUGGGCCAUGCACGACCUCGAGCGUACGAAGUAUGGCGGCAUGCAGCACAUCACGUACCUCGAGGUCAAUAACCAGCAGCUGUGGGACGACACCCUCAUGAUGACCGUCAUGCCGCUCGCCAAGAUCGGAAAACUGCUCAAUCGCCCCCACUACGUCGAGGAGGCCAAGCGUCAGUUCCUGCUGCACAUCAAGUAUCUUUUCGACACUAAGUCCGGGUUGUUCUACCACGGCUGGACCUUCCACGAGGGCGGGCAUAACUUCGCCGACGCGUUGUGGGCCAGGGGUAACUCGUGGCUUACGAUUGUGAUACCCGAGUUCCUCGAGUUGAUUGACCUGCCCGCAAAUGACUCUUUCCACAUCCACCUCUUGGACACGCUGAAUGCGCAGUGCGAGGCACUGGCUCCGUUGCAAAUGGCGUCUGGUCUGUGGCGGACGCUGCUCAAUGUCCCCGAGGAGGAAGGCUCAUACGUGGAGGCGAGUGCGACGGCUGGGUUUGCCUUUGGUAUUCUCAAGUCGCAGAGGAAGCGAUACAUUGGGAAGCAGUAUCAGGAUGUUGCUGUGAAGGCCGUGAAAGCUGUACUCAAUAAUAUUGAUGAGCGGGGAGAGUUGCUCAACACGAGUUUUGGCACGGGCAUGGGUCAUGAUCUGCAGCAUUAUAAGAACAUUCCCGUGACAAGCAUGCCUUAUGGACAGGCUAUGGCUAUGAUGGCGUUAGUUGAGUUCUUGAGGGUGUUUAUAUAGAAAUUUUGUGUAUGCAAUGCUAUAUGGCUCAAUUGUUUCGGCAGAUCACUUUACAAGUGCCACUGCCGUAAUAUUGUACCGAGGGCAGCCUUUGAAGACUCUUUAAAACUCUACUGGCCAUUGAGUUAUGAAUACUUG